UCGGCUGCGGUGUGGAUCGACGAGGAGCGCGAGUGCCGAUUUUCCGUUUUGCGUUUUUGCGUAUGGGAGAAAAAAUUUGCAGUGAAUUUUACGGUCCUAAUUGGAUCCGAAAUUGUGUCGUGUCGUUUCCCACCAUUGUAGGUGUGUGCGUUGGGUGUUACAAACCGAAUGCGUGUGCAUUGUGGAAAGCAAUUUCCAAAGUGAUCGAAGGCUGAAAAGUGGAGCAAAAGUGAUUUGGUGUCCCGGGAAAAUAAUAGAAAAUAGAAGAGGGAAUUCCCCCUAUUCCGGUGGUGAUAUCGAGUGAUUGACGCGGUAGUGCAGCGUGUGGGAAAAGUAGUGUUUGCGAUUAAAGGCAAAAGAAGUGGAAAGUUUAGCAAAAAUCAAAAGGGGGAAAAUCUCAAGAAGAAGCUUCAAAUAUCAAGUGUUUGAUAAGUAAAACGUAGAACCAGAAUUCGACCGGAGAGAAUUAUUGUUUGUCUCGGCGGUGAACCGACCGGCCGGAGGGAGCGCAUCUAGCCAGCUUGCGAGAGUGAGCAACUGAGCCGCAAAUAGCUACAUAGGAGGUACAUACAGAAGAAACAAAAACAGGAAAACAAGUGCGAGAGUCGUCGUCGUCGUCGGAUAUACACAAACAGAGCUCGCAGUGAAAAAAAAAACACUUCAUUCAAACUGGCGGAAAUGUCGACAGAACGGGAAUUAACUCCCGGAGGACCUCCACAGCUACAUCCACUAUACUCGGAUCUAACCAGUCACAUCCAGCUGAAUGGUGUCAACAUUAUGGGCAAAACUUUUAGCGAAACACCAUGGAAUACUUCGCCGCCAAGGCCUCCAAGUCCGACUCAGUCGCAGACCAGCUUCGAAACACUCUCACAUACGGCUCCGAGCAUAACGACAAUGGACUCAACUGGUGCCGAUACGACAAUGACGACAACGGCGACCGUCAGCGCUUUUGAUCCGGAGUACGAAUGGCGCGACAUUUGCCGGGAAUGGACAGUUUCUACCGAUCAGAUAGGACCGAUAACAGCAGCUCCUCCAGCUGGUGCCACAGUGAACCCAACGCCGGUGUCGACCACUGCCGGAGCGCCGAAUGUGGCCACCAGUGCCCUCGGGGUGGUCCCGGCAACGCCACCGGCUCCACCGGAUCUGCCCGUAUUUACCUGUCCCCGUCGGCCGAACCUUGGGCGCGAGGGUCGACCGAUCGUGCUGCGUGCCAACCACUUCCAGAUUACGAUGCCUCGGGGCUUCGUGCAUCACUACGACAUCAACAUCCAGCCGGACAAGUGUCCUCGGAAGGUCAAUCGGGAGAUCAUCGAGACGAUGGUGCAUGCGUACAGUAAGAUGUUCGGAGCGUUGAAGCCGGUAUUCGAUGGACGUAACAAUCUGUACACGCGGGAUCCUCUGCCAAUUGGCAACGAUCGGGUCGAACUGGAGGUUACGCUACCGGGCGAGGGCAAGGAUCGUGUGUUCCGCGUCACCAUCAAAUGGGUGGCCCAGGUGUCGCUCUUCAACCUGGAGGAAGCACUCGAAGGACGCACGCGGCAGAUUCCGUACGAUGCGAUCCUCGCACUGGACGUGGUGAUGCGACAUCUACCGAGUAUGACAUACACACCGGUUGGCAGAAGUUUCUUCAGUUCGCCAGAUGGCUAUUAUCAUCCCCUCGGAGGAGGUCGUGAGGUAUGGUUCGGUUUCCAUCAAAGCGUCCGUCCGUCGCAAUGGAAGAUGAUGUUAAACAUUGAUGUAUCGGCUACGGCAUUCUACAAGGCACAACCGGUGAUCGAGUUCAUGUGCGAGGUGCUGGACAUCAGGGACAUCAACGAGCAACGUAAACCGCUCACCGAUUCCCAGCGUGUCAAAUUCACCAAGGAAAUCAAGGGACUCAAGAUCGAAAUCACCCACUGCGGUACAAUGCGCCGGAAGUAUCGCGUCUGUAACGUCACUCGUCGACCAGCACAAAUGCAAUCUUUCCCUCUGCAAUUGGAGAACGGACAAACCGUGGAAUGCACCGUGGCCAAAUACUUCCUCGACAAGUAUAAGAUGAAGCUUCGUUAUCCUCAUCUACCCUGCCUGCAGGUCGGUCAAGAGCACAAACACACCUACCUACCGUUGGAGGUGUGCAACAUUGUCGCCGGCCAGCGGUGCAUCAAGAAACUCACCGAUAUGCAAACUUCGACCAUGAUCAAGGCCACGGCCAGAUCAGCUCCAGAUCGUGAACGUGAAAUCAACAAUCUCGUGCGCCGUGCCGAUUUCAACAACGAUGCGUACGUACAGGAAUUCGGACUGGCGAUCUCAAACAGCAUGAUGGAGGUGCGGGGUCGCGUGCUGCCACCGCCGAAACUGCAGUACGGAGGACGCGUUUCCAGCAUGAGCGGACAAUUACCUUCUGGUCCACAGAACAAGGUGAGCUUAGCAUUACCAAACCAAGGGGUUUGGGACAUGCGAGGCAAACAAUUUUUCACCGGCGUCGAAAUCCGCGUGUGGGCCAUUGCCUGCUUCGCGCCGCAGCGAACCGUCCGGGAGGAUGCCCUGAGGAACUUCACCCAGCAGCUGCAGAAGAUCUCCAACGAUGCCGGAAUGCCCAUCAUCGGCCAGCCGUGCUUCUGCAAGUACGCCACCGGACCGGAUCAGGUCGAGCCCAUGUUCAGAUAUCUGAAGAAUACGUUCAACGCCCUGCAGUUGGUGGUGGUCGUGCUGCCGGGAAAAACGCCAGUCUACGCCGAAGUCAAGCGCGUAGGCGAUACCGUGCUGGGUAUGGCGACCCAGUGCGUUCAGGCAAAAAAUGUGAACAAAACGUCACCGCAGACACUGUCCAAUCUCUGCCUGAAGAUCAACGUCAAACUGGGCGGAAUCAAUUCCAUCCUUGUGCCAUCAAUCAGACCAAAGGUAUUCGACGAACCGGUUAUCUUCCUGGGCGCGGACGUGACCCACCCACCGGCGGGUGACAACAAGAAGCCCUCGAUUGCGGCCGUGGUCGGUUCGAUGGAUGCCCAUCCAUCGCGCUACGCGGCUACCGUGCGGGUUCAACAACACCGCCAGGAAAUCAUCCAGGAGCUGAGCAGCAUGGUCCGGGAGCUGUUGAUCAUGUUCUACAAGUCGACGGGAGGUUUCAAACCGCACCGGAUCAUCCUCUACCGGGAUGGCGUUUCCGAGGGUCAGUUCCCACAUGUGCUGCAGCACGAGCUGACGGCCAUUCGAGAGGCGUGCAUCAAGCUGGAAGCCGACUACAAACCGGGCAUCACGUUCAUUGUGGUGCAGAAGCGUCACCACACGAGACUGUUCUGCGCAGACAAGAAGGAACAGAGCGGCAAGUCGGGCAACAUUCCGGCCGGUACGACCGUGGACGUUGGCAUCACCCAUCCCACCGAAUUCGAUUUCUAUCUCUGCAGUCACCAGGGUAUUCAGGGUACCAGCCGCCCGUCGCACUACCACGUCCUGUGGGACGACAAUCACUUCGAAUCGGACGAGCUCCAGUGCCUCACGUAUCAACUGUGCCACACGUACGUCCGGUGCACCCGGUCGGUUUCGAUUCCGGCACCCGCCUACUACGCCCAUCUGGUGGCAUUUAGGGCCAGGUACCACCUGGUCGAGAAAGAGCACGACUCGGGCGAAGGAUCUCACCAGAGCGGUUGCUCCGAGGACAGAACGCCGGGCGCGAUGGCUCGUGCAAUUACCGUACAUGCCGAUACCAAAAAAGUUAUGUACUUUGCUUAAAGAAAGUAUUUUACACAAUUCGUUCAAUUUAUUAGUUCUCAUUUUUUGUUUGUUUAUAAGAAGCAAAAUUGUAAUAUUUAUGCAAUUAACUCUUUCAUAAGCAACGUGACGAUUUUCCGCGUGAUUUUCAAAUUUUACAACUCAGUAGCAAGCUUACUAAAACAGAAGGAAAACGCACUUUUUCGUCGUAAACGCCAGCUGAGAGAAGAAAACAAAUCAAACAGAAAACACCCACGCAAACACAAACAACAAACACAACCGCCGUCAUUGCUUAUUAGUCAGUAUAAAGAAUUAUUUAAUAUACAUUAAAGUAUGAUGCUUAUAUUUCGUUUAGCCAACCCAGCGCAGUAGUAACGACUUAAAUGCUGGUUAGUGUAAGGAUUCAGUUUCCGAGCAGCAAGAAUUGUGCAACCCCCACAGAAAGGCCAACAGUGCCGCGUUAGGUUAGCAGAGAGGAACAGGAAACAUGCCUCAAAAACGAAUUAUCAACUGGAGCAAUAGCAAUGCAAAAAUGGCUUCUCCUGAAUUAUAGAUUCUAGGUUCUCUAUCGUGUAUUUUUCGCCUGCGAGUCUAAUCGCAACUUACGUUUACACCUCUUUAGGAUAAAAACACCAAUGAUAACUAACAACAAACAACAAGGUUACUUUACUUUUAAUUAUAACAUUUACUUUUGCUCAAAGACCAAUGUUUGAUAGGUUUCGGAAAAGGCUUUAAAUCCAAGAAAACAAAUGAUGAGAACUACGAAAAAUUUCAUAUAGCUUCCAAUUUAGUUUUAAAUCUGUAUCUCUAUACAUUGUACAUUAGUGUGGACACAUUUAUCAAACACGCCUUAGAUCCUAGCUUUUAAGUGAAGAGGCUUCUGGCAAGAGACAAAACCCACACUCACUCACCCAACUCACAAACGAAGAAAGAAAGAAAAAAGGAACAAGCUAGGUAAAUGUUACAACAGAAACAAGGGAAAAUUAUUUUACUGAAAAAAAAGUUAACACACUUAUUAUUAUUAUUACUUAGCGGUUUUACCAAUUAAUUUGAGUUUGUUAGUUUACUAGUUUCUAUUCAAAUUCGGGAAGAAAGAAGUGUAACUACGGCGAAAAGCAAAAAAGUUUAGAAUACAAAGUUGGAUUGUGAUAUUUUUUGACGAAUUGAAAACUGUUUAGUUGGAUGUGGUUUUCUCAGAAGGUUAAAGUGAGCAUAAAUAGAAAUGUUUGUUAAUUGUGGUUUAUAAAUCGUGGACCUUCAUUAGGUUUUUAAUACUAUUUUCAGGAAUCUCUGCGGUGUCUGCACCGUCGUAUUCAGAUUCGGUCAGGAUCAGGUCGGAUCAUUUAAUCAGAGGCUGUUCUGCCUCAGCGAUUCCAGCAGUUGUCCUCGAGAAACGACAACGAACAUAGCUCUCUCUGGUUUCCGUUUGUAUUGCAGCAAUCCGAUUCCUCGCGUAAGUUUGAAGCUUGAGGUUUCUUGAGACAUGCCAAAACGUUUGUGCUGUUCGUCCAGAGGACAACUUCUUGGAAAGACGUCUGAAUCGCUGGCAUUACUUGACCGAUCAAUUGCGUCAGCAGAAGCGCCUCGCACAGUUCCUUUCGAGGAAUGGAGCACGCACCGUGCGUCACAUUUAACGAA